CUCUCUCUCUCUCUCUCAUCACGAUGGGUAUUCCCGUUCCUUUGGAAUGUUUACAAGAAAUUCUUCAAUUUCUUCAAGAUGAUCUUAAAUCUUUAUACGCGACAUUAUUCGUUGAUAAACUUUGGUGUAUUAACGUAAUACCAAUUCUUUAUAAAAAUCCUUUCGUCCUAUUAAAUCAAGCAUUAUUUACCACACGUAAUUUUAAUGAUGCAUUUGAAAUUCAUGGAGAAAAAAUUCUUUUAUUAUUAGAUAUUUAUCUUUCACAUUUAACUUUACAACAAAGAUUAGAAUGGGAAGAAAAAGGAAUUAUGUUAACAAAAAAUGUUGAACCACUUUUAUUCGAUUACCUUUCAUAUUUAAGAAUACUUCCUAUACCUGAAGUACGUCACGCAAUUUUAUUAUGGUGUAAUAAAAAUUAUAAUAUUAGGAAUCAUAGAAAUUUUAUUGAAAUUGAAUUAAAUAAAUUAUUUUUUACUAAAUGUAAAAAUAUUAAUACAAUAAUGUUAGAUGAAUCUUCUCAAUUACCUGAAUUAGAAAAUUUAUUACCAAAUUUUCAUAAUUUAAAUUUUAUUUGUUCAAAAUUAUUUGAUACUUCAAUACUUGAAAAAAUCAUACCAUAUUGUGAUAAAAUUAAAGUUUUAAGUAUAUUAAGAUUUGGUAAUAAAACAACCAUGAAUGAUAAAUUUAUUAUACCAAAAAUUAUUAAUAAAUCAAAAUCUUUAGAAAAAUUUUAUUGGGAAAAUUGUAGAAAAUGUUCUUCUUGUAAUGGUCGUUUACUUGACGAAGAAAAUCCUAUCGAACCUUUCAAGGAAAUAAUCAUCAUUAAACAUUGUUCUUGUUAUAAGCAUCACAUCGAACCUUUCAUAUUACGAGAAUUACAAGAUGGUGAGGAUGAAGAGAAUGUUGUUUAAUAUAGAGUAUCGACGCCAACGGCGUGGCGGUGGCGUGGCGUAUUUUACAUCGAAAAAAUGUUGGGUAGUAUUUUUUAAUUUGGAUAAUGAUAAAAUUGGAUAAUUAUUUAUGGAUAUUCUUUUAGUAAAAGAAAAUUUGUUAUAUUCUUUUUUUUUUUUUCUUUUAUCUGUUUAUUUUUUUUUUUUUCAAAUGGA